CGUCCUUUUCACUCUCUUUUCUCACUUUGGUAGCUCACCUGCCAACUAACCAUGCUGCCACUUUCCUCCGCCGUCCUCCGUCACCGUCUCCGCCGUCGUCUCCGGCACUUCCACCACCACAACCACCACCACCACCUCAGGUUCAUCUCGACCGCUGCUUCGCCGCUCCAUGUUCCGCUCAACCACCCCACGUACCUUGUGUGGUCCGCAAAUACUUCACUCGGCAAAACCCUUGUCUCCGCCGGCCUCGCCGCCUCCUUCCUCCUCCGUCCUUCUUCCUCCGCCCGUUCUUCUGGAAGACUCAUCUACCUUAAGCCCUUGCAGACUGGCUUCCCUUCCGAUUCCGAUUCUCGCUUCGUCUUUUCCAAGCUCGCUUCUCUCCUUUCACUCUCCCACUCCGUCCUCCGUUCGUCCCCCAACGCCGCUGUAUCUCUCGGUCGGGAUGCUGUACUCGGCGAGGUUUCAGGGAUGUGCGAUUUGGGUUUCCGAGAGGAGAGGACGGUUCCCGGCGCGCCGGAGCUCGUGUGCAAGACGCUGUACGCUUGGGAAGCGGCGGGGUCGCCGCAUUUAGCGGCGGAGAAGGAAAAUACGCCGGUGGAGGACUCCCUGGUGCUGCAGAUGCUGGAGAAAUGCUUGACGGAGGAGAUGGACGGUGGACGUAAAACAGACAGAACGGAGGCUAUAUGUGUUGUGGAGACAGCUGGUGGAGUUGCCAGUCCGGGGCCGUCGGGGACGCUUCAGUGCGACCUCUACAGGCCUUUUAGGUUGCCCGGGAUUCUUGUUGGAGAUGGCCGGCUUGGUGGUAUCUCGGCAACAAUUGCUGCAUAUGAGAGUCUGAAACUUAGGGGAUAUGACAUCGCUGCUAUUGUUCUCGAAGAUCAUGGGCUUGUUAAUGAAGCUCCAUUAAUGUCAUAUAUGAGAAAUAGGGUGCCAGUGCUCGUCCUUCCGCCGGUCCCUAAGGAUCCUUCAGAUGACCUUAUUGAAUGGUUUAUUGAAUGUGGUGGUGUAUUUGACUCUUUGAAAGAGACGAUGCUGUCAGCUUAUUUGGAAAGAAUGGAAAGACUGAAUGGCAUGGCAAAGCGGGCAGGAGACUUCUUCUGGUGGCCUUUUACUCAGCACAAACUUAUUCCAGAAGAAACCGUCACAGUUAUUGAUUCCCGUUGUGGUGAAAAUUUUUCAGUCUACAAGGACUGUGAUAACGAAGUUUUAGCUCAGCAGUUUGAUGCGUGUGCAAGUUGGUGGACACAAGGGCCAGAUGCUGCUUUCCAGGCUGAGCUUGCUAGAGAAAUGGGAUAUACUGCUGCUAGAUUUGGCCAUGUAAUGUUCCCUGAGAAUGUAUAUGAACCUGCCUUAAGAUGUGCUGAACUCUUGUUAGAUGGAGUUGGCAAAGGUUGGGCUUCUCGAGUAUACUUCUCGGAUAAUGGGUCCACAGCAAUCGAAAUUGCUCUGAAAAUGGCAUUCCGUAAAUUCUGUUCUGAUCAUGGGAUCCUUUCGAAUUCAAACCAGGCUAAUGAAGAUGCAGAAUAUAUCAGUGUGAAGGUCUUAGCUCUUAGGGGAUCGUACCAUGGGGAUACUUUAGGAGCUAUGGAAGCACAAGCACCAUCGCCUUACACAGGCUUCCUCCAGCAGCCAUGGUAUACUGGGAGAGGCUUGUUUCUUGAUCCUCCUACUGUCUUUUUGUGCAACGGAGCAUGGUCUCUCUCCCUUCCUGAAAGUUUUUCUGGAACUCCACUUGAGAAAUUUCAAACCUUCAGUACUCGCGAUGAGAUUUUUUGUAAAAACAGAGACGAGACAAUUCUUGCUGGAACUUACUCAGCCUACAUAUCGAAGCAAUUAAAACUUUAUUCUGGAGUUAGCCAAUCCGCCCAUGUUGGAGCACUGAUCAUAGAACCAGUUAUACAUGCUGCUGGAGGAAUGCACAUGGUUGAUCCACUUUUCCAGCGUGUUCUGGUCAAUGAGUGCCGGAAUCGGAGAAUUCCAGUCAUUUUCGAUGAAGUGUUCACCGGCUUCUGGCGACUUGGGGUAGAGACUACUGCAGAACUUCUUGGCUGCACUCCAGACAUAGCUUGCUUUGCAAAGUUGAUGACUGGUGGGAUUGUUCCCUUGGCUGCCACACUUGCCACAGAUGAGGUGUUUGAUUCAUUUUCUGGAGAUUCAAAGCUUAAAGCGCUGCUGCAUGGUCAUUCAUACUCAGCUCAUGCGAUGGGAUGUGCAGCAGCCUCCAAGGCCAUAGAGUGGUUGAAAGAUCCACAGGCAAACCAUAACAUCACGUCAGGAGGUAGAACAUUGAGAGAGCUGUGGGAUGCGGAGCUGGUGGGACGGAUAUCAUCUCAUUCCGCGGUUAAAAGGGUGGUUGUAUUAGGAACCCUCUUUGCUCUAGAACUAAAAGCCGAUGGCUCUAAUGCUGGGUACGGGUCGGAAUACGCAAGGUCCCUUCUGGAGAUGCUGCGGGAAGACGGAAUAUUCAUGCGACCUCUGGGGAAUGUCAUAUACCUCAUGUCCUCUCCUUUUACCCCUCCCGUUGUCUGCCGCCGUUUGCUCACCCACCUCUACCAACGGCUCCGAGAGUUCAGCCACCGAGCCCGUCCUGAAUCAGUGGCCGUCUGAACUUUGUCAUCAAAUAUUACAUUGGUCUCUUAAAUUAUAACUGUCAGAUUUUAAUCAAAUUAUGUGGUACGUACCACUAUAAGCAUCGCAAUCAGAUUUUUAUACUUUCGAGUUUCAGAUCA